GCGAGGCCUCAGGGUGGCGUGGGGCGGCAGUGGUGAUCUUGUGGGCGUGGCGGUAGCACAGCGCACGCCACCUCGCCUUCCCCGCGCCCGCUCACAUCCGCGCGCGUGUCCCGGCCCGUCUGUGAGCUCCUGCGGCUAGUAUGAGAGGCUGCUGUGAGGGGUGUGUCGAGGAGGAGGUGCCAGCCCACAGCUCCUGAUCGGUGUUGGCACUCCUUCACCCCCCCUACCCACCACCACCACCACCACCACCGACGGCACCACCACAAUCACCACCACCGUUGCCGCCGCCGCCGCCUUCACCUCCAAGACACACCCCUCCUCCCCUCAUCACCACUAAGUCAACACCUCCAUCACCAUAUUUUCUCCUGCUCCUCCCCUCCACCACCACCACCACCACCACUAUCACCACCACCACCACCACCUCUAUCACCUCCAUUUCCUCCUCCUCUUUAAGUAAUACCCUUUCUCAGCCUUUUUUGCCCUUACCUAAUUUACCCUAAUCCACCUUACCCAUACCUUACCUUACCUUACCUUACCUUACCUAACCUUACCUAACCUUGUCUUACCUUACCUAGCCUAACCUAACCUAACUUAACCUUCCCCCUAACCUACCGUUGCCUUACCUUACCUUAUCUUACCUUACCUUUCCUGAACUAAUUUUACCUUACCUUACUUUUCCUUACACCCCCCCUAAUUCUACCCUGUCCUAACGUAUCCUAACCUACCUUAACCUAACCUUACCCUACCUUACCUUUCCUAACCUUUCCUUACCUAACCUAAUCAAACCUUACCUAUCCUUACCUAACCUUACCUUACUUAUCCUCAUCUUACCUUACCUUACUUAACCUAAUCAAACCAUACCUAUCCUUACCUAACCUACCCUACUUAUUCUCACCUUACCUUACCUUACCUAACCUUUCCUUACCUAACCUAAUCAAACCUUACCUAACAUUACGUUACUUAUCUUCAGCUUACCUUACCUCACCUACCUCACCUACCUCCCCUUGCUUGCCCUUCACUUCCCCCUCUCCCUCCCCACACCCUCACCUGUCUUCCCUCCCCUGCCUGUCCCCUCCCCCUCUCCCUCCCUUCCCAGCCUCCUAUUGGUCCAUGCCCCGGGAGCCUCAGCCGCUGAUUGGCUGAAGGGAAGAUGGGCAAGACCAAUGACAAGAAGGCUCAGCGCUGCGACAGUCGAAGCAAUAUCGUGGGCAAGUUUACCCAGAGCGUGAAGAGGAUUGUGCAAGAGGUGAAGGAAGAGGGCGUACCAGCUGACGGUGAGACGCGGGAUGACGCCAUAGCAACCAACCAUCGCCUGCGGCAUGUGCGGGAGAAGCUGGAGGCCGCGCACGAGAUGGCCCGUCACGCCCUCCUCACGCUGCACACCGACUACAACCACAGCAAGACCACCUGGAACGUCUUCACCAGAUACAAGCUGCUCAAGGCCAUGAUCAAGGAGGUGGUGCGGCUGGAGACGGAGUACUGGCAGCUGCUGGAGGUGCCGCGGCAGGAGAAGCAGGAGCCCGUGCUGACCUAUGUGCUGCGGGCGUGUUCCCUCGUGGAGAAGAGCCAGAGGAGCCACGAACAACACGAGAAGACGCACCGACCCGACCAGGAGGAGGAGAGGCAGCGGGAGAAUGCACAGCGGCUCAACGGCAUGACCACGUCGCAGAUCCUGGAGGAGAACCACUCGCUCAUCAACGAGGUGUACCGCCUGCUCAGGAAGUACUCGUCUCUGCGCACGCUGAUGAGGGAGCUCAAGGACGACUACGGCGAGAGCAAGAUGUACCCGAUCGUGCCGCGCUACUUCAUGCUGAAGGAGAUGAUUCACGACGUGAUGCGCGACCCCGCCUUCGUCGAGGUGUGUCAGGAGGUCACGCAGAGCCCCCCCGCCGGCGCCUCCUAGUGGGUGUGUGUGCGUGCGUGCGUACGUGCGUGUGUGGGGUUUCACGCACCCCCCACACCCACCCAAGGAGAGGCGCCCACACAUACUGCUCAGGACCCAAGAAGAGCAGGAUAAAGAAGAUGAGGAUGAAGAUGCUGAAGAUGACGAUGAUAAUGAUGAUGAUGAGGAGGAGGAGGAGGAAGAGAUGAAGAAAAGGAGAUGGAAGAAAAUGAAGCAGGUUUUAUUGUGUCUUCUCUUCAGUGUCUCGACGUAAAGAAAACAAGAAGAAAAAGGAAGAAAGGAAGAAAAUGAAAGAAGGAAGAAAAAAAUGCUCCUCUCACCUCUUGUUUUUGUUGUUGUUGUCUUCGUCAUCACCGCCACCACCGCCGCCGCCGCCGCCUCCUCUUCCUUCCCUUUCGUGAGUUUUUUUUCUUUAUUUUCUUUUUAAUUUGUUUAUGUUUUGUUUUAUUUAGUUAUUUUUUGUAUAGAUCUUGUUUUGUUUUGAUUGUUUCCAUUCUGUUGUAAUUUGUUUAUUUUCUUUCUUUCUCUCUUUCUUUAUUUCUUUAUCUGUCUAUCUAUUUAUUUAUUUAUUCGUUUAUUAGCUUAUUUAUCACGUUUUUUUGUCUCGAUAUCGAAAUGGUCGCCUGAGAGAGAGAGAGAGAGAGAGAGAGAGAGAGAGAGAGAGAGAGAGCAUGGAAGAAAGCCCUCAACCAUUCUUUUAUAUUCAUAGCAUUGUUGCCAACGACCCACGACGCGCCGCGCUAAUAAUACAACGCAACUACUUUCAUUCCUUUGUUCGUGGGAAAGGUGGUGUGAAAAUCCCGCUAUCCGUUUUCUUCAUGAGUUCAUCCGACAAAGACAAUUUUUCUUCCCUUUUGUUGCCGGAUCCGUAUUCUCCAGACGCACAGAGGAAAUUAGCCGGGUUCCCACAUUCACGGAGCAGAAGCCUUGUCAAGCUACUACGGUAUACUAGGCUCAUAAGACUACCCAUGGAAAUGCCCUCAACAGCCUCUACGAAAGCCUUGUCAAAUGUAUGUGUAUCCUCAGACUUUCCGCUCUCACCAUAAAUUCUUCCCACA